AUGUUGGUCUCGGAGGCCCAGGGGGUUGUUGUCAUCGUCUGCAGAGACCGUUGCUAUGCAAGCGGGGUGCUGGAGGAGAACGGCUGGAAUGCCUCGGAGUGGCAGCCACUUGUAGAGAACAAAGCCUUGGCUUCGUGGCUCGUCAGGCCACUAACAAACGCAGAGCGAGCUCGUGCUCUGCCUCUCAGCAGAGAAGAAAUAGAACAAAUCGAAGACAACUGGGCGGCGGGAGAAAAUGCAGUUUCUUCUGAGUUCGGGGCAGGAGGUGGAUGUGGCUCUGAGCUGGGAGGUGACCCCGAGCGGUCGUUGUUUUUGUUUUUUUAUAAUCGAAGAUGA